UUGCAGCUCGAAGUGUACGCAGCGACGAUCUCGGUGGGUGACCGCUGGCUCUACAACCGGCUGCCCGACCUCAUCGUCGCCAAGGUCGCAACGUACCUCGGUCCCGUCGACCAAAUGCGGCAUCUGAUCACGCACGUGCUCGACCCGGUCAACGACAUGGCGCCGGGCGUCGUCACGCUACUCGAACAAGGCCACGCGGAUGCGGCCGAGUGCUUCAUUCCUGGGAUAGUACAACACCUUGGCAGAGGCGAAAUCACCUCGGUCGACGCCGUGUACAGUGCCUUGGUGCUGGCUGCCAUGCAAGACAACGACAACGAGUUGUGGCG